AUGCUACAUAUCCGCUUUCAUUAACCUCUUCUGUCUUUUUAGAUAGGAACCCAGUGCACGUUCACGUAUUGCUCCGUAAUCGUAUUCCAUCUGUCUAUAGUUUUUAUAUUUUUACACAUUAUCAACCAAAAUGCCUCCUAAAUUCGAUCCUACUGAAAUCAAGAAAGUUUUCCUGCGGUGCGUAGGUGGUGAAGUAGGUGCAACUUCUUCCCUUGCUCCUAAAAUUGGUCCGCUUGGUUUGUCACCAAAAAAAGUUGGUGAUGAUAUUGCCAAAGCUACAAGUGACUGGAAGGGUUUGAAGAUCACGGUGCAGCUGACUAUUCAGAACAGACAAGCUACUAUCUCCGUAGUUCCAUCUGCAGCUUCUUUAAUCAUUAAGGCGCUGAAAGAGCCACCAAGGGAUCGUAAGAGGCAGAAGAAUAUUAAGCACAGUGGAAAUUUAGCUUUCGAUGAUAUUGUUACAAUUGCAAGAACAAUGAGACCAAGAUCAAUGUCAAAAUACCUCAGUGGUACUGUUAAAGAAAUUCUUGGAACGUGUCAAUCUGUUGGUUGUACAGUAGAAGGCAGACCACCACGUGACCUUAUUGAUGACAUCAAUGCUGGAGAAUUACAAGUUCCCGAUGAAUAGAUAUGAUUUUUAAAAAAAGGAACAAAAAAUAAAAUAAUUAAAAAUA